UCCGUCAAACCAAAACAAAGAUGAGAUUCCGAUUCUGUGGCGACUUGGACUGCCCAGACUGGGUUCUGGCUGAGAUCAGUAUCCUGGCUCGAAUGACAUCAGUGAAGAUGAAAUUACUUUGUGUACAAGUCAUAAAGGAUCUUCUGAAUGAAGGAAUUGAUUAUGAGAAAGUCUACAAACUGACAUCUGAUGCUAAGUUUGAGAUUGGCGAUGUGAAGGCUAGUCUGGCAGCCCUGAGUUUUGUACUUUCCAGCGCAGCCAAAUAUGGUAUCGACGGAGAAUCCCUGUCUAAUGAACUACAGCAGCUAGGUCUCCCCAAAGAACAUACUUCAGCAUUGUGUAAGUCGUACAGCGAUGGUCUGGAUAAACUUCAAACCCACUUCAGAAAGACAAGUCUUAGAUUGUCCAAUGUUGACUCAGUACGAUGGAGAGUGGACUACGUCCUCAGUUCUAGUGAGUUAAAGGAUGUGAACAUGCCCUGUGUCCAGUUACAGCUGACCACUAAGAAUCCUGACACUGGUACAACAUCACCGCUCUCCUUUACUGUCUCCAUGGAAAAGUUCCGGGUUCUUCUCAGUGAAUUAAAACAAGCCAACACGAUCAUGGAGUCUUUAUCAUCGUGAUAGUCAGCACAGCUAGAUCAUUAUCUAACUUCUAAUCGGGAUCAAAUAUGACAUGUUUUUACCAAGUUAGUUCAUUAUCCUCUGGAUUUCAAUGUAUCAGACAUCUCCAGCUUAAAGUCCUAGUGCUAAUGUUACCUCGCACAAAAAAGGAGCUCUUUUUUCCCCGCUCACCUGGUCCGAAUUAUGUAGUGUGUUUUGACUAAUCACUGCAAUAACCAGGUGAGUGAUACAGGCCCUGUGGGCCUCUUAUUCUGAUAUAGAAUGUAUUGCCACUAUGCUGCUGGAGAUUAUUUAAACAAUGGAUAUUUUAGCUGAUGCAGUCCUGCAGGACUGUAACAAAAUUUGUUACAUAUAUAUGAACAUUUUAAUAGAGUGUAGCAUAUUUAUUUUACUCACUUGAUGUUUGUAAAAUCCCUGGAACAUCAAAGUCGUUGUUGUCACCAUCAGAUUGGUGACAUCACAACUGCAGUCACAUGAUCAAGUUCUCUAUAUAUUGUUAUUAUGAAUAUAGUUCUGGAAACGUCAAUAGUAGAAUGAUGACAAUACCUCAAUUAAAUCAAGACUUUUUUGUGGGCCUCAAAAUUUGGAGUUUUCGUAAAAAUUCCAUUUUGUGCCUAAUUGAUAUUUUUGUGGAUUGUUGCUUCUCACAGUCCACACAUUUUUAGCUUGUCUCUUUGAAGAACGGUGUCGGCGUUGGUUUACUAUAAGUUUUUGGUGGAAGUGUUGAAAGGCAUUAAUUAACACAUCACUUGUUAUUGUACUACGGUACUUAUAAUUGACAGUAGGGUUCCUGUGGGGUUAGACUAUCACAUCUUAGGGUUGAACUGAAUGAUUUUUGGAUAAAAAACUGCUUUUUGACAUGUUUUGAACUUAAACAUUUUUAUGCAUUUUUGAAGAUAUCAGAAAUUUUUCAGGUAUGUAUGAAUGAUGACAGUUAAGGUUGAAUAUCAGAAAUUAAUUCCAUUGAGUAUACAAUAUAAAAUCUUAAAUAUCUAUUAUGCAAAACAAUAACAAUUUGUAUGUUUUAUUUAUUGACAAACAUUUACGAGACGAGCUAUGCUGUUCUACAACAGGUUUUGUUUCCCUAAUUAUAUGGAAUUCUGUUAUCCAUUAUGUAUACUUGGUAGAACAUUGUAGAUGUUUUAUAUGCUUUCAUACAGUACAAAUAUCCAUACCUGUAUUCAUCAAUCAAGAUUUUACAUUUGUAUCAAAUUUUAAAUACUUUAUUAAUUGUUGUACUGAAUACUGAAUUGUCAAGAUUAUAGAUGAAAUGAGAAUAAGCUCUGACAAAAACAAAUGGUUUCACAAUUUGGCUGAAACCAAGAUGAGAGAUAAGAAUGGUAUAUUGUACUUGUUUUUGUCUACUGUUUAGAUUGAAUUUAUUGUAUUAAAUACAUUAUGUUGAUAUAAAUAAAUCUUUCAAUAUUUUA